AUGAAGGAAUGUAUAAAUUUUGAUUAAUACGAGCACAAAACUCAAAAUUUAAUUCAGAAUUGUAAUUAAUUAAAAUAGUAGAAAGCGGUAAUGAUCAAGGAGAAUGAAGAGAUAGAUUCUCAAAAUGAAUAGCCCAAUAAGGCAGGUCUACUAAAAAAGCAAAAAAAGAAAAACGAAUAUGAUUAUCAUCGAAAAAAGCGAAGAUGCGCUGACGGAACAAACAGUAAAAAGUCAGGCAAAAAGUUUUCGCUAGAAGAUGAUAAACGUAUUUUAUAGUUGGUGCUGAACAACGGUCCCAAAUUUUAGAGAAUUCAUAGACAUUUUCAUGGAAAAACAUUGGCUAUGGUGAAAAAUCGAUAUUAUAAGUAUUUACGCUUUAGAUGGGAAAUUUUAGGAUAGUAAUAUUUAAUUAAUUUAGAAAUUACAAACAUUUAAGUGUUCCCUAAGAAUAAUAAGAGACCUUAUGUGAACAACAAAAUAACGUAAGGAGCAUGUCGUGCGCCGAAAAAGAUGAUAUUUUCUCUGAAAUAACAUAGCGAACUACAUUACUUUAGAAUGCUCGAAUGUUUGUAGAAUUUUUAGUUGAAUAAUUAUUAUGACUAUUGGUUUUACACAAACUUAAUCCUAAAUUUUUUGUAAACUCAUUAACAAUAUACAUUUAUUACUUAAUGA